UCAGGUCAUUUCCACAAAACGUGUACCCACCCCGUAAGGUAGGCGAGCAGUAGCGCCUGGCUCCUCCAACUUCUACUUCUCCUAGGAGGCGUUGGUGCUCGAGACCGCAGUCGCGGCUCCUCGAGUUGGAGGCGUAUGCUGCUCUCUUCGCAAGGUAGACGGCGGUGCAUGCCGGAUCUAUCCGGUCCGGCUGCGUGUCAUGCAAAUCCGUGUCAGAGCCACUGCAGCCCGCGGACUCUGCCAAUAGCCUCCUCCGCUACGUCAUCCAUCAUUCCUUGACUUCAGCGGAGGUGGAUGCCCGUCAUCGCUGCAACAAUUAUGCCAAGGAAUUGUGGCUCCACGUCUAGGAGCCUUAGCGACUCACACGGUACAGGGCGUCCAGCGCGGCGAAAGCGCAUCACCGACCUCUUCUCCUACACCCAUGGCGACGAUGCCCAUCCGGUCACCGGCGCCUACGCCAAGUAGUACUUCCGCCGCUCCGGAGACCCCAAGGGGAAGGGACCGACGAGUAAGCAGUGAAGUUCAGCGCCCCAUUUAAUCUAUGCCAGCAAUCGUUCGAUGGACUUGCUAUGUGCGAUCUUUUGUGAACUGGCUAUGCUAUGCCCGGUUGUAACUAAGCUUGCCGUGCUCUGUUUAAUUUAUCUGCGUACUGUUUUGAUCAUGUUGAAUGAGGUGGCAAAAUUUGGAGGUUUGGGUGCUGCCCGCCCGUUGGUCUCUCUAUUCGUAGCACACAUGCGUGGCCGGUCAUCAACUGCAAGGAAAGAGGGGGAGGACACGCAAGGGAUCAUAUCAUAUCGUAGUUGCAGGCAAAGCAGUAGCACCGUAUCUCUUGGCAUCAUCACGCUGUGCGGAGCAGUGAAGGCUCACUUGUACUAUACCUGCCCACCAAGCGUCUACAAAACAAGGCCAAUCCCUCCGACUGUAGAUUACAACAGUUCUUGCCAAGCCAACCCAGUCCCUUCCACCAAGCUCUGCGCUUUUCGUCUUCCUCGCAGACCACUCUGUUCGCAGGCCGGGGGCGUGGGCAGCAUCGACAAGUGCAGGUUCUGAUGGCGGCGUUUAACGAGGCAGUCUCCGGAGAGCCCUUCAGCCUCACCGCGAUGCAGGCCGCGCUCUUCGUCCUCACUUCAGCUGUCAUGCCGCCCCCACAGACGUCGCUUGGCCCAGAGAGCCGCUGCGUCCCGGGCUACUGGUUUUACGACACCAUUGGCAACCUCCAGCCAUUUGUGGCGUUCACGCUGUUUGUGUUUGCCUUUGUCACCUACAAGCUCAAGAGGCAGCUCGCCACCAUCGCCGGAGACGGACCGGCGCCACCGCCAACGAGGAGGCAACGCGCGUACGCGUUGCUGGCCCUCCUCUCCUUGGCAGCAACAGUGAUGGGGACCGUCAUGGCUGUCAGUACCUCCCAGCCCUGUUGGAUCCUUGCUAGGCUUGAUUUGGGUGGGAAAAAUAAUCCAACCAGCGGCCCAAUCCAGAAAUAAGAGACGGAUGGAUGCCACAGCCUCCUCAGCGAUCGCGAUUCUCGACCGUUGGAUCGGGCCGCUUGAUGCGUUUUUGGCCGUCCAAUCGAGAUCUGGAGAAGCCUGGGCCGUUGGAUCUGAGAUUGACACUGCUGGAAUGAAUAGUAAUGACAGCAAAAUGUAAAUACCAUGCCCCCACCGGGGUAUUUUGGUCAUUUUGCGUAUUGGGGGUAUAAAAG